AUGGAUCGUGCCGCGGGUUCUGUUGCACAUCCACCAUAUUUCGAUGGCAACAACUAUGGUGCUUGGAAGGCCAAAAUGAAGUCGUUUCUUUGGUCCUUAGAUGAACGUGUAUGGUACACAGUGGUUCAUGGAUUUUCUGAACCCACAAAGAAGAUCGGAAAAGGAGAUGAAGAAACCACAGUUCUCAAAUCUAGAGAGGAGUGGACCACUGCAGAAGUCACACACAGUACUAAUAAUCAAAAAGGGUUAAAUGCUAUAUUUACUGCUGUAUCUUCUGAUCAAUUUGAAUAUAUAUCUAGUUGUGAUACUUCUAAGGAAGCUUGGGAUAUUUUGCAGGUCACUCAUGAAGGAACAGAUACUGUCAAGGGUGCCAAGCUUCAAAUGCACACUCUACAAUUCGAGACAAUUCUGAUGGAUGAGAAUGAAACCUUUUCUGAAUUUUAUGCCAAACUUUGCGUUAUUGUGAAUGCAUGUUCAAAUUUAGGUGAAAAAAUUCCAGAAGAUAGGGUGGUGAAAAAGAUUUUACGGUCCUUGCCUCCACGUUUUUCACCAAAGAUCACAGCCAUUGAAGAGAUUCGUGACCUGAACACUCUGAAAGUUCGUGAACUUAUAGGGUCGCUUCAAACCUACGAGAUGAAGCAUCUAGCUCCUAAGAAAAAUAAAAGCGUUGCUCUUAAAGUAGUUGAUAAUGAAGAUGGUGAACACCAAUCUGAAGAAUUCAAUGGGGAGGAAUUUGCCUAUCUUUCACGACAAUUCAAGAAGUUUUUCAAAUAUCAAAAUUCGAGAAGUCAUGAUUCAAAAAAUCACUCAGGUAUAAAUUCAAAAAUUAAGCAUGGUGAUUACACUGAUGGUAAUUUAAAAUCUCGCAGGUUUACUGAGAAGAAGACCACUAAAGACAGAGUCAAGUGCUAUGAAUGCGAAGGAUAUGGACAUAUUUCCACUGAAUGUGCCAACACACAAAAGAAGCAAAAUGGCAAAGCCAAAGCAUUGAAUGUAACCUGGAGUGACAGCGAUUCAGAAUCUGAAAGUGAAGAAAAUACCAUUGCGUUAAUCACCACUGUUAGUUUGGAUAAGGCACAGCAAAACAAUGGGAAUGAUGAAGAACCAAAUAUUGGUUAUGUGCUGGAAAAAUAUGACGAUCUUCUAGCUGCCUCUCAGAAACUGAAUCAACACAACAAAGAGCUUGCCAAAAAGGUUGCUGUGCUGGAGCUUGAAAACAGUAGGAUUGCCAGGACAUUACAAUCCUCUACUGCUGAACCAGAAACAGUUGGUGAAGGUAUGUGUGAAGGUAUGUACGAAAAAUUGGAAUUCUUACAGAAAAAAUGCUUUGAUCAAAAUAAAUUAAUUGAUUCUUUGACCUCUAACAACCAAGCUCUUGAAAUUGAGCUUAAAAGUUCAAGGGAAAGGAUUAUUGCUUUGACAAUUGGUGCAGAAAAGGUUGACAAAAUGAUUAGCAUGGGUCGAAGAGAUGGAGACAAACGUGGCUUAGGUUUUGAUUCAUUCAACAAGUCUUUCGCUGUAUCUGUUACAAAGUUUGUCAAACCAUCACUUUCUACUGGUAUUCCAACUCAUCAAACAACUUGGAGAUUUACACCCACGUGUCAUUAUUGUGGAGCUCGUGGACACAUUCGACCAAAAUGCAAACUGUUUCAACAGAUUUUUGUAAGUCAAAAGUCCACCAAGGAGGGACAGGUAAGAAUUCGAAACAAGAUUGCAUGUCUUGUAAAAGAGGUAAGUAGGCUGUCAAAACUCUCUCAUUCCCUAUCCUUACCAAGUUCAAAUCUAGUGUGGAGAAGAAAGGAUAAUCAAAAUUGCUUGCUGGCAAUUUCAAGUGAUUCACAUCAAACUAAUCCUCCUGAAAUAUUAGAUGUGAAAUGUUUUGUUGCUCUUACUGCUCUUUCUGACUCUAAAUCUAAAUCUUGGUAUUUUGAUAGUGGAUGUUCGAGACACAUGACUGGUGAAAAAUCAUAUUUUUCAGAAAUCUCUCCAGAAUGCGUGAGUGGAAUGGUUACUUUUGGAGAUGGAAGAAAAUCCAAGAUUUUGGGCAAAGGAAAGAUUAUGGCAACUGGUACACCUAGCUUGGACAAUGUUUUAUUAGUUGAAAAUCUUCAAGCAAACCUCAUCAGUGUAAGUCAACUUUGUGAUGAAAUAGGUAAACGUGAGGGUGCUUGUGAAGGUUGCCAACUGGGAAAGCAAACCAAAAACCCUCACAAAGCUACAAACUCAAUCUCCACCUCUAAAACUUUGGAACUGAUGCAUAUGGAUUUGGUUGGUCCAAUUCAAGUUGCUAGCUUAGGAGGAAAGAAAUACAUUCUUGUCUUAGUAGAUGAUUUCUCACGUUUUACUUGGGUCAUUUUUUUGCAUGAUAAGACAGAAGCCUUUAAUUCCUUCUAUGUUUUGUACAAGCUAAUCAUGAAUGAAAAAUAUGACACUAAUUCUUGUAUCAUGAGACUUAGGACAGACCACGGGAUGGAAUUUGAAAAUCGUGCCUUCUCUGAUUUCUGUUCUGAACAAGGAAUAAAACAUGAAUUCUCUGCUCCAAUCACUCCCCAACAAAAUGGGGUAGUUGAAAGGAAAAAUAGAGUCCUCCUUGACAUGGCUCGUGUCUUGUUAAAAAGUGCCAAAUUGGCGGAUCAUUUUUGGGCUGAAGCCAUCAGUACUGCAUGCUAUACAUCUAACCGUGUGUUUUUCAGGCCACAUACCAAGAGCACUCCAUAUGAAAUCUGGAAAGGGAAGAAACCAAAUGUCAAGCACUUAAGGACUUUUGGUAGUAAAUGCUACAUUUACAAAGACAGGGAGUAUCUUGGAAAAUUUGAUGCAAGAAGUGAUGUUGGAAUAUUUCUUGGUUAUUCUAUGAAUAGUCGAGCAUAUAGGGUGUUUAAUAGUCGCACUAAAAUAAUAAUGGAAUCAGCUAAUGUGGUUGUAAAUGACACUUCUAUAUUGCAGGUUGAACCUAGGAGUGAAGAUACAGAUAUGGAAACUCACGAAUCUGCAGAUGGUACUGAAGCUGACUUCGAGGAUUGUAACCAGCCUAUCAAUCCUGUGAUACGCAGACCUGGUGCAAAACAAGUUCAGAAAGAUCACUCACCUUCAGAUGUUAUUGGGAAUGUUAAUGAUAAAUUGAGAACUCGACAACAAGUCUGUAAUGAGGUAACCAAUUUAUGUUAUGUAUCCCUUAUUGAACCUAAGAGUGUGACAGAUGCUCUUGCAGAUGACGACUGGAUUCUGGCUAUGCAAGAUGAAUUAAAUCAAUUCGAAAGAAAUGAUGUGUGGUAUCUUGUUCCACGUCCCAAAGACUCAAAUGUAAUUGGUACCAAGUGGAUCUUUCGAAAUAAGACAGAUGAGAAAGGACAAAUUAUGCGCAACAAAGCUAGACUUGUUGCCCAAGGUUAUUCUCAAAUUGAAGGUUUGGAUUUUGAUGAGACUUUUGCUCCGGUUGCACGUUUAGAAUCUGUUCGAUUGUUGCUAUCCAUUGCAUGUUAUCUUCAGUUCAAGCUCUAUCAGAUGGAUGUGAAGAGUGCGUUCCUAAAUGGAGUUUUACAAGAGGAAAUCUAUGUGGAACAACCUGCAGGUUUUCAAGAUCCUAUCCAUCCCAAUCAUGUAUAUCGUCUGAAAAAGGCUCUCUAUGGACUCAAACAAGCCCCGAGAGCAUGGUAUGAUAGAUUGUCCACACAUCUUCUUCAAAAAGGGUACACUCGUGGUAGCAUUGAUAAGACCCUCUUUGUCAAAAGAACCAAACAAGAUUUAAUGGUUGCUCAAGUAUAUGUGGAUGAUAUUGUUUUUGGAUCUACUUCAGACAUUCUUGUCAAAGAAUUUCAUGAGGUUCAACAAUUCAAUGGAGGCAUGUUCAUAUCUCAAACAAAGUAUGCCAAAAAUUUGGUGUCCAAAUUUGGUCUUGAAUCUGCCAAGCCCAUUCGAAAUCCUAUGAGCACAAGCACCAAACUUUCCAAGGAUUUACAUGGCAAAAGUGUAGACCAGAAAUUAUAUAGAAGCAUGAUUGGCAGCUUGUUAUAUUUGACUGCCAGUAGACCUGACAUCUCCUUCAGUGUUGGACUUUGUGCUCGCUUCCAAUCCGAUCCCAAAGAAUCACAUCUACUUGCUGUGAAAAGAAUUCUCCGCUAUGUGAGUGGUACCACAAACUUUGGUGUAUACUACUCAUUUGACUCAAAUGUUGAACUUGCAGGCUAUUCUGAUGCAGAUUGGGCUGGGAGCAUUGAUGAUAGAAAAAGCACAACUGGCGGAUGUUUUUACAUAGGCAACAACCUUGUCUCUUGGUUUAGCAAGAAGCAAAAUUGUGUCUCUCUCUCCACGGCCGAGGCCGAGUACAUCGCUGCUGGGAGUUGCUGCACACAGUUGUUAUGGAUGAAACAAAUGCUCAAUGACUACGGCAUUCGGCAAGUGGAAGAGAAUGUGCUCUCACUUGAAUUUGUUUCUACUGAAAAACAAUUAGCUGAUAUUUUCACAAAACCUCUAGACAAUCUACGGUUUGAAACCCUUAGACAGUCAUUAGCUCGUGCAAGGAUUGUUAGGCUGCAUCAAUCCUGUAGUUGUCUGAACGUAUUAGCUGAUCUUCGAUUGGACUCUGGUACAGCACUCUAUUGA